UCGUCGGUUCCAGCGCCAGUUGCAUGGGUUGGUUGAACGGUUAACCGUAAUGUUUUGGAGGGAAGCCGAGUAUAUCUUUGUUUUUAGCCCAAUAAGUGCGUACAGCAAGCAGCAAAAUUAUCUGCCUAUGUGAAUGCACAUGCUUUGCGUUGGCAGAAGAACUCAUGACUUUUACAACGUGUUGGUGAACGCUAGUCCUGAGUUGCUGGAGUAGAUAAUGAGAAAUGCACGUUGCACCGGCACUUUACGGUCAGCGGGUAAUCGUGCCACCCCCGACGACCCGAGAACUUUGAAGACUUUUCGAAAGCCAGGAAGUAAGGAACGCCUUGACAAGCAAGACACGACAGUGCAAACUACUUGUCGUCCACAACCAGCCAGUCAGCCAAGCAGAACCAAGUUUGCCACCAAAGGCCUGCCAAGCAGAGUCAACAAGGAGAACAUGCUGUCUGGACCCUUGAUGCGCAGGGCUAGCAGCCUGAAGUCCUCAUCGAGCAAGGACAGCCUGGAUUCCACUGGGAGCAAAGAGAAGAGAGCACGCCCAAAGUCAGCGUGCCAAGGCUGGUUAAACAUAGGGCAGCGAACGGUCGGAACGCAGACGGAGAAAGGUUCCGCUGCCGAAGCUGAGAAGGCACCUGUCAACAUCAUCUUACAACUGGAAAAGGAGAAGAGCCUCUUGGAACAGCAGAUUUCCGAGCUCGUCCGAAAUGCAGAGGGAAAGAAGGCCGAGAUUGUCACUCUCCGCAUGGAAGUGAAGCGACUCAAAGAGACCACAGUGGACGCCUGGAAACUGGACGCUGCCGAAGCAGAAAACCAGCGACUGCGUGAGCGUCUGCUCGAGAUGGGGGCCCCUAUCGAGCAGACGGCACUUUCGGACACGGACAAGGAACAGUUUCUGCUGCGUCGAUCGGCGUCCGGUUCCUUUGGAAGCCUCGACGGACGAGAGGCGGUUAGAUCUUCGCCCAAGUCAGCAGAAGGGGCGCUCUCAGAUCCCGAAGCCGGGGCGUCGCUGGGGAGCCGUGAUUGGGACAAAGGGAGCACAAGCAGCGUGAGCGAGAUGUCGGUUGCAUGCUUGCAGGACCGCAUCAUGCAAAUGGAGGAGACUCAUUACAGCACCAAUGAAGAGCUGCAGGCUACGUUACAAGAACUGACAGACUUGCAGGACCAGCUGACAGACCUUCAGUUAGAAAACGAACGCUGGGGGGACGAAAAGUCUGUGCUGUUCACCAAGCUGUGCACUCAGACAGAGGAGUUGGAAGACUACAUGGCACAGCUAACCCACCUGAAAGCGCUGCUCCUGCAGCAAGACCCCUGUCUGGAUAGCCAGUCCCGUGAAUACCACUACAUCCAGCUCAUACAGCGUGGAGAGGGAGAAGUUCAGGCGCUGCAGGCCAAAGUGCGUGAGCUCGAGGCUGCACUAGAGGGAGCCAGCCAGGAAGUGCAGGAUGCACACUGGGACCGCGCAGGCCUGGCAGAGAGAGUGGCACUUCUGCAAGCAGCCCUCGAGGCCCAGGGUACUGAGGCCCAGGGUACCCAGAGAUCUGAACAGGGUAGCAUCCCAAGCGCUCAGGAGCAGCUGGCAGUGGCACAGCACGAGGCAGCGGCGCAGGUAGCUGUUCUGGAGCACCAGAUAGCACAGCUGGAGGCAGAAAAGACCCAACUGGCUGAAGAGUGGGAGCUCAAGUGUCAGAAGCACUUAGAGGAGAAACGCCAGCUCAGAGGCACCGUGGCAGAGCUACAGAACAGCUUGGCUGACACUGGAGCACUCCUUGGAGCUGCGCACAGGGACCUACAAGCCAUUCGCUCCCAACACCAGCUUGAGACGGAGGAGUGGAAGCAGUUCGAGGCGGACUUGCUGACAACCGUAAGGGUCGCAAACGACUUCAAGACCGAAGCCCAACAGGAAGUGGAGCGAAUGCACUGCGACAACCAGCAGCUUCAGGAAAAAGUGGAAGCGCUGGAGGCUCAGCUGGAGAAGCUCAAGCAGUUACAGCAGCAGCUCCACCAAGGCAAGCAAGCUCCGGAGCUUUCUCCCAAGAAUGGCCUCGCGAUACAUCCCGAAAGUGGGGACGCUUCCGGCACUGCCAGGCGAUCGCUGCCGAAGUGGGGCGACUUCAGGGGCUCUGCACAGCCGUCUGUGCGGAGCCUUAUCGAGUCCAUUGAGCGGCAGGCCAAAGGUCCGAGCAGUAGAAGCUCAUCUGCGAGUAGUUUGAACAGCAUGGCUUCGGAUGCCAGGCCCGUGGCUACCACUCUACCACUCGGUACUCCUGGAGAGGCCUUUCUCAAGCCUAGCCUCAAGCAGGCAGAUAAGUCACGCCUCCAAAGGGCAACCGUCGAGAAAGCGUGUCCCUCCUCGGAAGGUGUCGCUCGACAAGACGUUGAAAAGCCCAUUUCCAUCUUGGCCAACAAGCUGGACCCCAUACGUAGAAAUAGCUACAGUGACCUAAUCAUGGAGAAGAAAGAUCCUCUAGCCUCACUGGUGAAGGGAGGAGGCUCCAAGCGCAACGCUCUGCUCAAGUGGUGCCAGAGCAAGACGCUUGGCUACAAGGGAAUCGAUAUAACCAACUUCAGCAGUAGCUGGAAUGAUGGCUUGGCCUUUUGUGCCCUCCUGCAUACUUAUCUCGGAGAUAGCAAGAUUCCGUACGACCAGUUAGACAGCAAAGAUAAGCGACGAAAUUUCAGCAUCGCAUUCGAGGCUGCGGAGACCGUUGGAAUACCUAGCACUCUGCUUGUGAACGAACUGAUUGCUCUGGAGCGACCAGACUGGCAGUCCAUAAUGGCAUACGUCACUUCGAUUUACAAACACUUUGAGGCGUCCGUUUGACAGCUGAGAUGCCAUCUUGCCCCAGAUGAGAUUAUUGGACAUUUUGCUACUUUCUUACGCAUACAUGUAUUCAGUAUUAUAAAGACGAAGUCCAAUGCCCUAUCAUUUUACAUACUGUGAUCACCUUGUGGGCUGUUUAUUGUCGCACUAUGUGUUCAAGAACAAAUGUGUGUGUUUUUUAGUUAAGAUUUUACGGUAGUUUUAAGACCUAUAUAGUGUGAAUGUGUCACUAUGGAGGCACGAGCCUUGGAAGGAAGUAUGUACGUAAACUGCAGG